ACGAAGUCUUGGGAGGACGGGCUGCCUGGCGACAACUAUUCAUGGUGGACUAGACAUAUCUCUCUCCAACCUUCUAGCGCAACCACAGGCAUAGUAUUACUUAGCUGCCCUCGACCGCAGCCAUUGCACUCUGCCACUUCAUCUUCUGUCCGUUGAAGUCAUUCGCGCCUUUCACAAUGAUGGAAAGGGGGAAAACGUCGAGCAAAUCGCCUUUAGAUAUGCCCAAGUCACCCGCUGACAGUAACCGUAUACGAAAAUUACGGAAGGGAACCCACUCAUGCUUCGAAUGCAGAAGACGAAAGAUCAAAUGCAUAUAUGCAGAGAAUCAGACAGUUUGCACGGAAUGCUUUGCCCGAGGUUCCAAGUGUAUCGAUCAAGAACAUGCGGAUACGGACUCCAUAGUCGACAAUCGCAAGAAUCUUCGUGAGCGUGUGGCAAGACUAGAGUCCUUACUUGACACGCUCCUCACCGAAAGAUCCGAGAAGGGUGCCAUCGAGGCUUUGCGGACUCUGGGAGAGAGUCCCGGGCCACAGACUCCUCUUUCAGCCGAUAUUACGGCCGACCUUGAUUCAGACACGACUGAUCAUGCACCUGGAUCGCUUCUCGCGCUCUUUGACAACGCUGUCCUGUCACGAGCAGCAGUGCGACCGAAGGAGCUGGGUACAAUCGAGAGGGGCCCAUCUCCAGGUGGGAUGCCCAAUUCCGGGAAUACAACCUACCCAACCCAGUCAAUCAAUGUUGAUACCGGCUCCGCUGAGGAAGGGAAUAAAAGUGGAGUCCCAAAGUUGACGUGUGAAAAGGACAGAAGAGUUCGAGAUGCGCUCCUGAGGCUUCUACCGCCUGUCGACCAGGUUUUGAAGAAUCUGAAACAGAACUAUGCCGAAUUGUGGGCCACCUUCAAGAUGAGGUGUCCUGGUAAUAGCGGCAACGAGGAUAUCGGGGCCUUUGCAACCCGUGUGCUGCGAGAGGGGAACCCCGCUCAAUCUGGGAUCCUGGUCCUCUGCGUUGCCUCCUCUGCUCAGGGAAUCAACCAGGAAGAACUGAUGAGUGCUGUCGAUCGCCUGGUUGUCAGCGAUGACGAGUAUGCCGGGACUAUUGAUGGACUGGAAUGCUUGAUAGUACUCGGCAAAAGCUAUUCGGACAUCGGCCAACCACGUCGAGCAUGGUUAACGUUCCGUCGCGGAUUGAACUUAUGUCAAUUGAACGGCAUGCACCGCAACCAUCACCUUUCCAACGCGCGAUCGAGUAUUUGGUGGGGCCUAUAUAACGGGGACCGGGUUAUGAGCCUCAUGCUAGGCCUUCCCUAUGCCAUUAACGAUACGCAUUGCAACAUGGAGGUCAAUGGUCAACCCAUUUUAGGUGACGUCCGUCCCGAGACAUUCCCUCACCGAGUGUCCAUCAUAAUUGGAAAAAUCAUUGACCGGAAUCAAUGUCUCGCGGAAGCCACGUUUUCCUCCACAUUACAGCUUGACCAAGAGUUGGAAACCCUUGAGUUGAAAAUGCCGGCGCAUUGGUGGAGGGUCGAGCCGCAACCACCUAAGGGGAAUCCCGAAGGAGUUUCGACGUGGCAGGAGCUGAUUUUAGGCCUGAUGUUUUUCCAACAGGCCCGAGUUUAUCUCCACAUGCCGUGGAUGCUGAAGUCGGCGGAUAACCCGCGUUAUGAACACAGCCGCAGGACCUGCCUGAACGGAGCGAGGGAAAUGCUCCGGCUUUAUAACAUCUUGUGUGGCAGAGGCAACCCUUCUUAUGAGUGCAAGGCGGUGGAUUUUCUUGGGUUUACUGCUUCGGCUCUCCUUUGCUUAGGGGUUCUGGGUUAUGGUAGGAUCGAUUUGGCUCACGAUCCGCAGCAAGACGACCGUGACUGGGACAUGAUCUAUGUAGCCUUGGACAUAUUCAAGAGAGCAUCCACCGCGGUUGGGGGCAAAGUUGCUGCACAGAGCCAUGCGGCAUUGAAAACCUUGAGUGGUGCUCGUUAUCACACUCAGAUUGGUCCGGAAUCGGACCCAUCGAAAAUUAUCCACGUUGUCAUUCCAUACUUUGGUACAAUCUCAGUACGCCCUGGUGAAAAGUACCACCACAUAUCUCGAACCCCUUCACUGGCGCAGUCGACACCUGUAUUUUCCACUGGUCAAUGCACGCCAUCCACAUCCACCUGCUCCUUAGAUCUCUCGCACGAUGUCUCGCAGACCGGAAACAGCCAAAAACACAGCCCCAACAGCUUCAACGCUGAUCCCCUCAUUGCCUACGACGGGUUCUACUCAUCCAUGUACGACACCCAACAACCGCCCGACGAGGGGCUUGCGACCGGCAUCCCAGAGUGUAAUCUCGGGUCGUGGCCGACCGCUGUCAAUAUGGAUAUCGAUCAAGAUUGGUCAUGGUUUUUUCCGGAGCAGCAGCAAACUCACCAACCGCCAUUACCGUCGCAUCCGCUGCGACCAAUUCAGUACGCAUAGUCCUAUAGGAGCCGAGGGAAAACUUCAUCUGUAGCAUCAUUGGGCUAGAUUGGAAAUGGGGGGUGGAAUUUGGCCGGGCGUUGUUGGUUCUGACCGACCGGGCUGAUGGGAAGGUUGUCUUGAUACCUUAUUGUCUCAGUGCCUUUUAUGAAAAUGAGUCCCUAGCUCACUCUAGAAGGCUAGUAGUACGAAAUAUAGAUUGAUGAAUUGAUGGUCUAAGAAGCCCUGUUCUCGUGAAG